AUGACAGAUUAUAACACUGAUUUUCCACCAAUUGAAGACUUGUCCUCAAAUACGCUUCUCGACUCUGAUCCCACUGCAAAUUUUUUGGCAAGAGAACAAGCGGUUCUUGGAGAUGAUGCAGCAUUCUUCAAUGCAAACAGCAGCAAUUCGGUUCCCACUUCAAACGAGCUUGAUGCAUUCCCGGAUAUCUCUUCAACAUCAGCAAACAGUACCAUUUUCAAUCAACCCGUUAGUGCUGUAUCUAGUGUCGGAUCUGCUUCCAGCGCCUUACCCGAUUAUUCUGCUUUUCAUUCCGAGUUUCCACAAGUAGAAAUUAACAAUACGCAGACUUUAUAUACUGGUACCAAUGGAUUGGUUUCGUCGGAGGGCUAUCAGUCUUAUGAAGAAGAGCCUGAAAUUAUUCGGCAAUGGAAGGAACGACAAAGAGAGAUUAUUGCAAAGCGUGAUGAAGAGUCUGAGGCGAAAAGACGUGAAACGAUCGCUACUGCACGAGAUGCAAUUGACAAGUUUUAUGAAGAAUAUAACGAAAAGAAGGCACGGGCACAUGCAAUUAAUAAACAAGAAGAGGAAGUUUUUUUACGUGAGCGAGAUGACCUCACUUCUGGUACGACUUGGGAACGCAUUUGCAAACAAGUUGAUAUUUCAAAUGUUCAGAGUAAAACGUCCACUAAACAUGUUAAAGAUGUUGGUCGUUUCAAAGAGUUACUUCUUAGUUUGAAAAAGGAUGUGAAUGCUCCGGGUGCUGAAGAAUUGGAAAAACAUAAGAGCUGGCACGAUUAUCGUGUUUUGGAACAAUAUUCGUUCCCACUAUUUAACGAGGAAUGGGGAGCGGAUGAGGAAGAAUUAUUGAUUGAGGGCGCAGAAAUGCAUGGUUUGGGUAAUUGGGUAGAUAUCGCAGAAUUUAUAGGGAAUCGAACGAAAGAAGAUUGCGAGAGACAUUAUAUGGAAACGUAUGUUAAUAGUGAAACAUGGCCGUUGCCGGACAUGAAUGUAAAAUUUCAAAUAGAUGAGGAGACAAUGCGUGAACGAAAACGGAGACGUGUGCAGACAAUAGAAAAUCGAACCCAAAACUCAACGCAGAAAACUCCUACGAAGGUUCUACAAAGUUUGCCAGCAAACCAUGAGAUUGCCGGAUAUAUGCCAAAUCGAUACGAAUUUGAAACAGAAUAUGAUAAUGAUGCAGAACUUGUAAUUAAGGAUCUGGAACUGAAUGAGAACGAUGAUCCACAAGAUAUCGAGAUGAAAACAUACGUUUUGGAAAUAUACAACAAAAAACUGAAUAAACGUGCCGAACGAAAAAGGCUAAUCUUUGAACACGGAUUGCUAGAUUUCAGGAAGAAUAAAGCGAUCGAAGAAGAAAAAUAUAAAAGUAAAGAAGAGAAGGAACUGAUAAAUAGAAUCAAACCUUUCGCGCAAUCUUUGUGUAAAAAAGACUUCGAUGAUCUAAGAGAUGAACUAAUUGAGGAACUAUGUACUCGACUCGAAAUAAGAAAAUUAAAAGAAUAUCGCCAAAUGGGAAUAAUGACACUAAAUGAGGCAAAUAAAUAUGAAAAGGCAAAGGCACAAAAGGAAGCAAAUCGAGAACUAGCUGCUCGACCACAUAAUGGUCAUACGAUUCCGAUAACAUAUAGUGAUCGUCUACAAGUAAAAUAUUUUUCCAAGAUAAAUGAGCAGCAUUCGCCAUCAUCAUCUCCUUAUGGUAAUAAAACACUUCCAGCAGCGGCACCGCCAGUUAUCAGACUAAACAUGCGAAAGCAACCACAAGCAUUAGAUCUUAACGAUGAAGAAGGAGUACAUCUACUAUCAGAGGCUGAACGAAAACUAUGUGAGACUUUACGGAUAUUUCCAAAAUCCUAUUUGGUGAUCAAAGAAACAAUUCUUAAAGAAUGGGCGAGAUCGGGUGGAACCUUACGAAGAAGACAAGCUCGAGGUCUUAUAAGAAUUGAUGUUAAUAAGACAGCAAGGAUAUACGAUUUUUUUAUAGAGAUGGGUUGGAUAAGACAAUUAUCGGAGAAUACUUCUAAUAAUUAA